CCGCUAUAGGGGUCAUGGUGUGUCAAUGACCUGAAUGAUCGCCGGAUGGCUAGCAGACCACGUGGUUUUCCACACUACGGUUAAAUGACAGCGAGUUUCUGGAUCCAGUUCGACGAUGCCUUUACUGAAGUCGCCGCCGACCCUCCAAACAUCGUGCCUGGACGUGGUGUGUAGACUGCCCCAGGAGGAGUGGGACAGACCACACAUCGCCACAUGGCUUCCUAAGAUCACCAGCGAGAAGCAGCCACAUGCACAACCUCUGUGCAAAUUUGUAUCAGGAUUUGCUUGAUCACCUGGUUGAGACGAAGCAGCUGCAAGCCUGGCACCUGGAGCAUGUGGCACACGAGAGUCUGAAGACUCUGCGGCUGAAAUCUUGUUCCAAAGUCCUUGAUGUUGACUCUGUGAAACUCAUCUCGAUGAGAUGUCCUAACUUGGAAGAAGUUUCAUUGUUCAAGUGCAAAAAACUACCAGUUCAGAGUAUUCAGCUGAUGGUUGGCAAUCUUGCACAUCUGAGGGUGCUGAACAUUAAUUGUACCACUGCCGACGACACCACCAUGAAGACUCUGGCCCGUGGAUGUCCCGAACUCGAAGAACUGGGAAUAAUGAAUACCAAUGUCACAGACGUUGGCUUGUUUGAGCUGUGUGGUUUGGGGGAAUCUGGGGAGGGGUGUAAGAAGCUUGCUGUACUGCAGAUGUAUGAUUUAGCCAAAGUCACCCUCUUUGGUGUGUCCUAUGUGAUCAGAGCCUUGAAAGAGCUGAGAAAAGUGACUACUGAGCACAACAUAGGGCUUGCCGUGUACGGCAUUUAUCAGGAAUGCCUUCUACACAAUCUUCCAUUGCUCCCUCUCAAACUAGACUUAGUCAGCUUCUCAUCAUCGACUGCCGAACAAUCAUCGGGGGUGAAAACAUUCACGCCCGCACCUGCCUCGUACAUCAAGGGUCUGAUAUUAUGUCCCAAUCUGAAAGUUCUUGUGCUUAAUGCAGAGAUGUUGGCAGACAUGGAUGAAGAGAUUCUGCUUGGUCUUUCCAAACUGACUCGUUUGGCAGUUGCAGACUCCUACCCGGAGCUUGACGACGGCACAUUCCAUCGAGACGUCCUCCCUUUCUUGAGUAAAGUUGGCGCUAAGUUAACGUUGGAUUGGGCAACGCUUGUUGGUUUCUCGGAUCUUGACAUGCUCGCUGUCUCAGCCCACUGCCCUAAGGUGCAGAACUUAGUCUUUCAGAGUGUGCAGGGCAUUGCUCGAAUGCCAGACUGGCAGGUAGAGGACUCUGCUUUCCAAAACAUUAACAGCUUUUACCUCGACAUCCUUGUCGACGACGUGCCACAGGAAUCCCUUCGGUACCAGCUGGAGAGAGUGUUGAAAAACGCGCCCAAGUUGAAACACCUGCACCUGGAGUAUGUGCACUGCUUCACGGAUGACUUCAUGUCCGACGUGAUGAAGUGUAACAAGCUUGAGUUUCUCGAGAAUUUGGAGCUGAUCGAGUGUCAUGGCGUCACACGGAAAACCAUCGAGGCCUUGCUGAGCACAGCACACAACCUCGGCGUAGUGGCUGUGCACAAUUGUGACCAACUGAAGCAGGCAGACCUAGACUACCUGACUGAGCUGGCAGCUAUGCAAAAUAUCGACUUGUGUGUGGUAGACAAAUUUGAUAAAGAGUAUGAAGCAAAUAAUAAUAAUAGAGAAGAACAGUUAGAAGAAGAACUGGAAGUAUCAGUAGAUUAGGAUCAGAAAUUUUUUUUUGAAAUUAUUUGGAGAUCAAUGUGCCUCAUUUGUGGAAUCAGUUUUGAAUAUCAUUAGAUGUAAGAUUCAAAGAUGUAGAGCAAAUAUUUGGGCUUCUAAGAGAAAAAAAAGACUUUUCCAUUGUCAGGCAAAAUACAAAGUAUGUGUCCAAGAGCUAGGAUUAGAUGUCCCAAGAGGAUUUCUGACUGAGAGGGGUCCAUACAGGUAAUUCAGGGGAAAUUAUCACAGAUUGUAUAUUCCUAUACAAUGGACCAAGGAUAUAUUUUUCUGUAUUUUUUUUUUCAAAUGAAACAAACUGAAUUUCUUACCUCUAUUCCCAGCUGUGUUAAUGUCAGCUGAAUGCACCACAUUUAAUAGCAGAAUAUUAUAAGAGAUAUGAAAAAUAUACUUAUAAUGGAUUUACUCAAAAUCAGGCAAUAGAAUGAGAAGGUACUGCAGAUAUUUGAAUUGUGCUUGUAACUAGUCUUACACAAUACUUCUAGAAAUAUGCUGCUGUGAAUGCUAUGUUUAUUUCUGUAUUGUUUACUAAUUAUAUAUUCCUAAAAUUUUCAUAAGCAUAGUGAUGACUAGUACAUGAGGUAUGAUAUGAUUAUGGUAAAAAACUGUCACGAAGAAUGUAAUUAAUGAUUAUCAUAUUAGAUACAGAAAAAUAAAUUACCACAGUCAAUGAACCCAUAUUUUAUUGAUAUCA